GACAUUCCGCCCGUAAAGAAAAGAGGGCGAGGAGGGAAGGACGGAGGGGGAAAACUUAAACCUGCAGGCAACAAACUCCGGGCUUGAACCCUUCCUGGUUUCAGAAUCUGGAGAUCAGAUAGGGCGGGGCUGCGCCGAGUUUUUCUCAAGUUUUCGGCUACUGCAAAGAAGCCUUUACAAGGUGCUCGGUGCUGGGGCAGAUUGCAUUCCUGCCUUCCUCAAGAAGACACCCGAGAGAGGGAGCUGAUCGCAGCGGCCCACGUCUCUAGCCUGGUCGCGAUGGGGGAGGACGGAGUGCAAGCGGAGAAGAGCAGCGCGUGCGUUUCUCCCAGCUCCGAUGGGCCUCUGGAUGCCAGCAAUCCCAGCCCGGUGCCCUCGGGCAGCCGCAGCCCCAGCCUGCUGCCGCCAGCGCCGGGCGAGGCGAUUCGGGACAGCUCGCAAGUGAACGCCAUCACGGUGCUGACUCUCUUGGACAAGCUGGUGAACAUGCUGGACUCGGUGCAGGAGAACCAGCAGAAGAUGGAGCACCGGCAGAUCGAGCUGGAGGGUUCGGUGAAGGGCAUCCAGAGCGACCUGAGCAAGCUGUGCAAGAACCACACCUCCACCAGCAACACGGUGGCCAAGCUGCUGGAGAAGUCGCGCAAGGUCAGCGCCAACACGCGCGAAGUGCGCGACCGCAUGGACCGCCAGUGCGCCCAGGUGAAGCGCUUGGAGCACAACCACGCGCAGCUCUUGCGCCGCAACCACUUCAAGGUGCUCAUCUUCCAGGAAGAAAAUGAAAUCCCUGCCAGCGUAUUUGUGAAAGAACCGGUUCCCAGUAUUACUGAUGGGAAGGAAGAGCCUGUCGAUGAGAACAAAACCUUGGAAGAAACUUUGCACACCGUGGAGUUAUCCUCAGAGGAUGAAGUGCCCCACGAUGACCUUGCAGAAGACAGUAUGGAUGAGAAAAUAGAGGAGUCCAGAGCUGAGAAAAUCAAGAGAUCGAGCCUUAAAAAGGUUGACAGCCUGAAGAAAGCAUUUUCCCGUCAAAAUAUUGAAAAGAAGAUGAACAAGAUCGGCACCAAGAUUGUCUCGCCUGAACGGAGAGAGAAGAUCAAGAAGUCUUUUACCCCUAACCAUCAGAAGUCUUCUUCAUCCAAAAGCUCAUCUUUCAAAGUCUCUCCCCUGACAUUCAACGUGAAGAAAAUCCGUGAUGGAGAAACAUCCAUAGAAGUAGAAGACAAGCCAGUGGAAGCUACUGGUAGUGAGCAUGCAGUCUUUGAAGAGACCACCCUCACUUCAGAUCCAGUCUCUUCUUCUUCUCCAGCUGAAGAAGGAAAAGCCUUUGCUGAUUCCUUGGAAAAAGAGUCAGGAAGUGAAGGAGAGGUGGUGAUCAACAACAACAUUGAGCUUGCAAUUGUUGAAGAAGAUGAUGACUAUAGAGCUUCAUUAGAAAUCAGACAAGAACUUUAUGAAGAUAGAAACAAGCCAACCAGUGGAGAAAUGGAAUAUUCUGAAGAAUCCAAUCAAGCUGCUGUCCUCCGCGUAGACCAAACAGCGUAAAUUGCCUGUGCCCUUUCUACACAUGAUGUUUUUAGCUAUAUCGGUCACCAGAAUAUGUCUGGUAUACUAUGAAUGUGGGGUCUAAUAGUGCCUCUCAGUGGAAUUGUUGGUUUUCAAGCGUAUAUUUCCUUAUAAAACUGUUUUGUUCAUUCAAUUAGAAUUGACUCCCACAAUCAAAAGUAGGGCUGUUUUCCAAUUAAUACAAAACAAGAUCUCUUCAACCCUCUUCCUACUUUCUAAUGUUUCUUUACUUUACCUAGAAUGUGUUUAAAAGAAGUGUUCAAGACAAUUAGGCCAUUUGAUAAAAGGCAUUACCUACAACAGUCUCUUUUAAAUUGUAGUUAAGAAUAUAAGCAAUGCCCUGCUAGAUCAGACCCCUUGCCCCGUCUAGUCCAGCAGAAUGUUAUUUGGUGAACCAACUACAUAAGGAAGCUCAUUUGUCUCCCAGCAAAUUCAGGAAAGUCACACUGCCAUCAAUUCAUAGAUCCCCAAGACUUCCAUGAAUUGAUCCAGCCUUUUUUUUUUCUUGUGAAGCCAUCCAAGCUGGUAGCCAGCACCACAUCUCAUAGUACUGAAUUCCAAAAUGUAAUUACAGGCUGUGUAAAAAAAGGAAGGAAGGAAGGAA